AUGGCACCCAACCCCGCGGACCAGGCGCGACUGCCGCCCCAGGAACAAGAGCCGAUGACUCCACGAACGCCCCAGGAGCUAGAGAAGCGCUCCUCCGGCAGGCCCCACGCGCGGGUCUUGCCGAAUUACUGUUGCCACGACGCGCACAGCAACCCGACGACUCCAUUCGGCUCCACGAACAGCGACAAUGCCCACACCGACACCGACCAGCUAGACGCUGUAAUGGGAGACGCAGCAGACGAAACCGAGACCGACGAGCCGGACGACCUGCCCGAGGCUCAAGGCCCAGCAGUAACGGUUGCCCACGCGGCAGAGAGACUUAUCGCCAACCAGAUGGAAGCACAACAGGCAAAGCUGGCCGUCUUCCGCGCAUUCUGCACCGCCUUCGACAAGACGGCUGCCCAGUUCAACUCGGGCCACGCGCUCAGCUUCGCGAAGGAAUUCUCGCGCGGCUUCAUUAGCUACUGGGACGACGCGCUCAACGGCGCGCCCACACGCGCCGGUCAGAAUGUCAACAGCCGCCACGGCAGAGACGGGACCGCACCGACCUACGCCGCUAUGGCCCAGAAGGGGAUGGCACAGACAAGGGCCCCCCUGCCGGCACGCCUCGGCCCGAAGCCCUGGAAGGCGCCUCCGGUCCAGCCGCCUAAAGAUGACCUGCGUGUCUUCGUGCGGCUCGACGACAAGUCCCCAGCAUGGGGCUAUCAGGGGCAUGCCAUCAGAGCUCACGUAGCUAAGACUCUCAACCUAGGGACAGAACGCAUGCCACAGAUCGCCCGGGUUAAGACUGGAUGGGCUAUACGGGCCUCAGACCGGGAGGCGAGGGACCUGCUUGUGGAACGGCAGGACGACUGGGCGGCCCGCCUCGGGGCCGUGGCGGUUGAAGGCUUCCAGAAGUGGCACACGUACGCUGUGGCGGACUGCCCCAGGCAGCUCACGGAUAUCUGGGGGGCCGCCGUGGACUAUGACCAAGCUAUCAAAGAAGAGAUCAAGCUCCAGACAGGUGCCGAACCAAUUGAUGUGCACAUUGCUAAGAGAUACUCCGAAAGCUCCGACCAGCCCACUGUGACAAUGAUUGUGUCCUUUCAGGCGGCGAUACAGAGGAGAUGGCGGCUCUUCGGCACCAGCCGACUAGCCCGACUGAUCGCCAAGACCGCCCGGCCCGCGCAGUGCGACACCUGUUGGGAUUAUCACCCCGCUACGCCUGCGACCGAAAACAAGCCUGCCGACGAUGCGGCGGGAAAGACCAUCGCGAUAACGACUGCAAGCAGCCGGAGAGGUGCGCGAACUGUUCCGGACCCUUCCCGGCGGACCAUAAGGAGUGCCCUGCCAGACCCAGGCGCCCACGGCCAACUCGUGCGGCUCUCCAAGAUCGAGAAGUACGCCGUAAGGAAGAUCGGCUCUCAGCUAUACCGGCAAGCCAAUAUGGAGCUCGAACGGGCCACGGCGACCGCCUCCCCAACCCUCCCAAGGACCGACCCGUCGCCCUGCAUGAGAGCUGCCGAGGCCCGCCUAGGCAAGCAACAGGACCAGCAGCAGCAACAGCAGCAGCAACAGCAGCAGCAAUGUCGACCCCAGCGGCUGCCCCCCACUAGCGCGCAGGCGCCAGACUCCACAACGCUCCCUCCACCACAGGAAGACAGAUCCGAGUCUCCUAUGAAGAGGCGCCGACGAAACGUAUCCCUGGACCCCUAUGAACAAUAG